AAGCGAGUUUCGAACCACAAUAAGACGGGUCAAAUGCGACGAAGAAAAGCCUGCCUGCGUCCGCUGCACGUCGACCGGGCGCACAUGCGACGGCUAUGACAACGACACGACGGGUGCGCGGAAGAUGCAGCCUCAACAGCAGUCGUCGCCAAACUUGAAUCCCUCCAUCGCCCAAGCGAGGUCACGAGGUCUACAACUCGCGCCUGCGGUGGCGAAUUCAUCCGUCGUGGGCCUGUCGCCGUCUUCGUCUGCGACGACGCCCAUUGCGAAUAGCAGCGCAUCAUCGAGCGGGGUCGUCGUGGCCGCCGCUGUUGCCUCGAAUACCUCAGCUGCGUCGGUUUCGUCGCCGUCCGUCGCGUCGCCGCCGCACCUAUUUCCGUCUUCCAGCCGAGUCCUGGCAACGGUCCGAUCGCUGUGUCGGCUCGAGAGCGUGGAGAGAGAAUAUCUCGACGAAUUCAUCCGAGCGGCGGAGGAGGGCCUCUCGUACCACAUUGCCAACCAAGAUGAAUUUUGGAGGUGGGCUGUGCCGAAAAUGUGGACUCGCAGCCAAGCGGUGCGUCAUGCAAUUGUCGCGCUUGGCGCCGCGUUGCGCACUUACCGGCAAACCGACACAGCGCAAAUUGGUGGCGGCGAAUCCGGUGGGGCUGCUCCCAUAGGGCCGGCCUCUCCGCAGUCUGAGGUGGUCUUGAUGGAGCACUACGGACGGGCCAUGGCCGAAUUACGGGGGGCUGCCGCCGCCGGCGGACUAUUUGCCGAAACGGGAGAGGAGCUGGCGUGCAUCCUGCGCUGCUUUGCGACUCUCGAGAGCUCCGCGUGCCUCUACACGGAUAAUUUCAAGCCCGUCAUUGCCCUCGAGCUAUACAAGUCUCGGAACCUGUCGGAAUCGAUUCAAUCCCCGAGUUUACGGAUAUGCAAGAGGUUCACCGCGCCGUCGCGCAAUUUUGCCGCGAUAUUUUUGCUCUCAGCUGGAUAUGGCAGAAUGGAAGGUCUAACGCUGGUGGCGGCGGCGGAGUAUGUCGUCGGACAGCGGGAUGUGCUCCGACUUCGUGCAUCAAGGCUCCAGGACCGGCUCCGCCAGUUUCGCGAUGGGCCCUCGUCCCCGCGUCUGGGAGAGGCUGGGUACACGUCGAUGCUCCUGGAUAUGCUGCACUUUACGUGCUGCAAGGAACUCUGCUCCUCCCUCGGACGAGACUCGCCCUUGACUCCUAUAUCCUCGCCUGUGGACUACGUCGAUCCCUCCUCGGAGGUCAACUACCUCGAAGUCGUGCAAAUCGCCGAGUCUAUCAGAGAAAUCAUCUGGGCGGAUCCCGCGAGGCCUCGCGGGGGCAAGAGGUUCAUGGCAGACAUUGGCAUCGUGUGCCCCUUGCACUUUGUCGUGUACAAGUGCCGCAAAGAGACGACGCGGCAGCGGGCGCUGGCCGUGCUGGAGGACUGGCCCCAGAAGGAGAACUUUUGGGACGGGCCCGAGAUUGUGAGGCUUUUGAGGGCCGCCGGUCCCCAAACGAACGUCGUGCUCGGGCGGGAAGGGCCCUUGCCCAGGAGCCUGAGCCAGGCCAUUGCGAUUCCGAAACUGAGGGAACGACUGAGCGGUCUCACGAUUACGGAGGACAUGGACGACGAAUGCGACGAGGAGGAAGAGAGGGCACCGAGGAAGAGAGGACGGCCAACGCCCUGA